AUGUGCAUCGCAAAAAAAGUGUGUACCAAUUCGCUUCGGCGUUUCUCCAUCUCAACGCGUUCUCGCGCCGGGGCGUUGAUGUUGCACGUACGACCUUCCAAAGGCCUGUUUGCCAACAACAUAUCCUUUAGUAGCCUCUCGCUGGCAUGGAAAUCGAGACAGUAUAGCAGCAUAACUGGUACGGAUGAUUCCUGUGAUGACGCUACGAGAGCAUCUUCCAGCGACACAUCUGAGCCUUUGGACCGUAGAACCUUCCUAAGACUGCUCACACAUGUGAACGAUGGCAACUCGGGUUUCGUUGUUACCUUGCAGAAAUUAAAGGAUGAGCUGCAGGCAGAGGGCUCACGGGCAUAUCCGUUUCGCAUCCGUGACCUGCGCGUGCUGGCCGAAUUUGGCGCACAGCUGCUGGCAUUGCAUGACGAUGAACAUGCCGCCGAUGUGCUAUGCGGGGCUAUAGAACUGUUCAAGGCUGACGGUGACGCUUCGGCUGCGUUUCACCUCUGCCGUCUGUUUUCAUCCUUCAAUAACUGUCUAGGCCGUACGUUGACAUCCAGUGUAUUUCAGCGUGUUGUGCACAACAGGAUUGGUAUGAUGGGAGCCAAAUAUUUGUCACAUAGUAAGAUGGACAAGCUUAAUGAGCUGAAUUUGGAAAUAUUAGACGUGAAAGAUGUGAAAAUGGAUAUUUUCGUGCUCACCAUUGGUGGCAAACGUGGUGACAAUAUUUCGUCUCCUUACUUAAUGAAGCAAGUGGUGGCCCACCAGAUUGUAGUGACAAUGCCCAAGGUUUCAGGCUCGUCGGAAGGUAUAACGAUGAGCAGGCAGCAGCGCCGCGAUGCCAUCCUCCAAACGUUUGAGAAGGGUGUCAUUGCACGAAUGGAGGUGCUUCUGAAGGUGCGCCAGUGUCUGCAGCUGCUUGACACCGAUGGCACUGUGGUCUGGGAAGACCCUCGCACGUUGUCUACACACAAGUUAGCUUUUGAAUCAGAAAUUGGCUCUUUGCCCCGAGAUGUAGGCGAUUUUGAGCCAACGGAUUGGGUGCUUGUGGAUAUAAAUUCCGUGCUCAACAGUAACGCUCCGUUUACUGCCACUACCGCCUAG